AUGCUUGCGUGGGCGCUCGUUCUGCAGCUGCUGCAGCUGCACGCCGACGCGCCGCUGGAGCUCUGGAACUACGACGAUCCGGCGGCCUGGAAGACCCACUUCCCCCUGUGUGAUGGCCCACUGCAAUCGCCCAUCGAUCUGGUGCCCACACCCUGCAGCCGCAGCCCACAGAUCGAACGCGUCAAGGUGGAUUUUGCGCCAGGCCUGAAGAACGGCGAGAUCAUGGGCAUGAACACUGGCCGCAACAUCAAGCUCUUCUUCCGGCCGGAGAACAUCACCGCACCGCUCAUGCAGCUUACCUUUCCCAGCAAGCCGAAGUUCGGCACCUACAGGUUCCUGGAGAUGGUCUUCCACUGGGGAGAAGAGCUGGGUGACCAUGGUUCCGAGCACACUAUCGACGGCAAGUUCUUCGAUGCCGAGGUGCAGAUGGUGUUUUUCAGCGACAGGUACGGCACGUACGAAGAGGCCAGGAAGCACCCCGCCGGGCUGACGAUCGUGGCAGUGCCGCUCAGUGCUGACUUGGAUCGGCCUGUUCCUCAUCUCACGUUCCCCAUAUUCCAACUCGAUGUCAUCCUUGAGGACCUGGCCCCGGUGAACAGCACCAUCCUCAUCGAAGCUGACCUCACGCCGAUGAUGGGGAUGAUGCAGACCGCACUGACGCGGUACUACAGCUACUACGGCAGCUUGACGGCACCACCCUGCAAUCCAGUGGUGCUGUGGCUGGUCUCGUCCACCGAGAUGUCACUGCAGCUGGAGUUCAUCGUCCAGCUGUACGCUGAGAUCUUUCAGGACGAUUUGCUUGGCAGGAAGCUUGUCAUGAACCGGCGCUCCAUCCAGCCCAGCAUGAGACGGGUGGUCACAGUGUGCUCGGAGCCAUGA